UGUUUAUCGUCGUUAAUUAAUCUUUCUAAACGAGCUGUUUGGAUAAAGAAGCAGUUGCAUCAUAACCCUGUUAAGAAGUUUUACGACUACAUUAUAACUGUUUUCUUUACUGUGUGAAAGUUAAAUAAGAAAUUAAUUAAGUUAAUUAAUAUUCCAGGAAUUUAAGUGUUAGGAUCGAAUGAGCAGUUAAGAUAGCAGUUAGGACAGCGAGAAUGGGAAAUUAUAAUAAUGAGGAUGGAUGGAUGUCUCACAGAGAUGAUACUGUUAACAGUGGACAAAACUUUAUUUCAGGAGUUUACUAACCUGAAGUUUCCUGUUCUGCACCUGAUUAUUAUAGUAGGCUGCUUUAUGUAUUGCAAUGUCAUGGUUAAUCAAUUUGAGCUAUCUUGUGGGCAAAGACAGUGAGUCUUAAUUAAUGUCUGGAGUGCUAGUAAACUCUCUAAGCGUUGGUGUGCAGAUGCAAAGUGUGUGUGUAUGUGUGUGUGUGUGUGUGUGUGUGUGUGUGUGUGUGUGUGUGUGUGUGUGUGUGUGUGUGGUGUGUGUGUGUAUGUCACUGUGUUAUUGCUUGUUGAUAGUUGUAUUAUCUUGGUCAGAACAUUUGGGAUUGCUUAGAGAAGCCUUUGAGACUAGAAAACUGUCUUAACUUGAGAACUAAACCGUUUUGCACAAAUAGUGAAAUAAUAAAAGUGAAGAGCAAGGCGGAACAACAAGUCACGUCAUUGAAACAGCAGUUUUCUGCUAAAGUCACUGCAUUCCGUGAAAAGCUUUCAGUUGGAGAGAAAGAAAGAAAUGAAAUGAAAAAAGAGAUUAUUGCAGCACAAGAGCAAGCGGUCGUUGUCAACCAAUUGCAAGAUGAGGUGGAAAGGCUGAAGGAGCUGGUUAGAACAAAAGAGAAAAUAAUUGUUAAUGGUAGCCAAGAAGAGUUUGAUGGAACAAAAAAUGUGAUGGUUGGGGAAAGUCAGCUAUUAGACGAGGCUGUGAGACUAGAAGUGGAUAGACUAAGGGCUGGAGUAGAGGAGAAAGCUGUGGAACUGCAAGUUGCUUUGACGGAGAAAGAAUCGGUUUCUCAACAACUGGUUUUGGUAUCGUCCGAGCUUGAGGCUUUCAAGCAGCUUGCACUAGAUGAAAAAGAUGAUCUUGUAACAUUACUGGAGCAUCGUAAUGCUGAUCUGUUGAAGAAAGAACAAGAACUUGGAGCAAAACUUGCUGAAUGCACAAAAUUGGAAGCUGAUUGUUUAGCUACAAAAGACACUCUUAAAGCGACAGUUAGCCGGCUAGAAAAACUUGAAAAUGAGAGAGAAUUGCUGAGGGUGGAGGUAAACAAUUUGUCUAAGAAGACAGCUGAUCUUGCUUCUGAUAAAGAGUCACUGGAAACAAUUGUUCAAAAGCAACAGCUUGCUCAGUUAGAGAUGAAGGGUCAAAUGGAGAAGGAAAGGGUAAACGAAGUUCGGCUGUUGAGGGAAGAGAUAGGAAAAGUUGAGAAUUUGUAUAACUUGCAGAUGAAGGAGACAGAAAUGCUACAGAAUGAACUCAUUACAACUCAGCAGCAGUUUGCAUGUCAACAGUCAGAGAUUCAGGCAGAAUGGGAUGCACAGAAAUCACAGUGGGAUGAAGAAAAGAAAGCUAUGGUGGCUGACAUAAGCAAACUACAAGAUAAAAGUUGCGAUAUGUACACACAACAUGAAGUUGCUAUGUCAGAGCUUCGAUGUCAGGGAAAUGAAGAACAAGAGACAAAGGCUAAGCAGUUGUUGGAUCUGCAGGCGCAGUUGCAAGAUGUGACAGGCAAACUGCACUGUGCAGAGGUAGCUAAAGAGGAAAUGAUUUGUCAAUGGGAGAAAGAGAGAGCCAGCUUAGUAAGGCAAGUUGAGAAAGAAGACAGUCAAACAAGCAACGAUGCUUUGGAUCUACAGUUGCAAGGGCCAACUUCUCACAUUCAAAUGACGGUGUUGGAGAGAGAGACGCUUAGUGAUCAUUACAAACCAUUGCUAGACUCAUUAGAAGAUGAAAAGGCAAAAUUAGAAAGGGAGAAAAAUGAUCUUAGUUUACAACUCCAAAGAAAGGAAGAAGAGAUGAAAGAGUCAUUGUCAGAGCUUACAGAGAAGUAUGAAGGAAGAAUCAAUAAACUGAAGCUGCAAGCAAAAGCAAGGAUUACGGCCAUGCAUAAGAAGAAACAACAGCAAAAGAAGCAACAGCAAGAGCUGGAAGUAACAACUAGUUUUGAUACAUCUUUGCAGCCUGUGAGUAGUGACAAGGUUGAGCAGAAAGACUGGGAAGCAAAGUUGCAAAGUAGAGUGCAAGAGCUUGGUGAGAUGCAGGCAAUGGUAGAGAAAGAGAAGAUGCAGGAACGAGGCACUAGUGAUGCUGUUGAUGAGCCUGUCAUACUUAUAGGGGUGGGUGUUGACUGUGCAAGAGAGGAGGUUAGAGGUGAUGUGAACUAUCAGCAGACUGAAUAUACUAGGUUAGCGGAGAGCUACCAUAAGCUAAAGGAAGAACACAGUGGACUGUUUGAAAGUCACAAUUUGUUACUGAAACGUCAUGCACAGAUGGUGACUGACUAUAAACAGUUGGAAUCUGAGCUGGAUAGUUCAAAGACUCAUGCUUCUGAAGUUGAGAGAAAAGCUGACGAUGUUCAGGAAGAUGCAAAAUGUCAGGAAGAACAACUUGAAGCAUUAAGGAAUGAGUUGCUGUCGAAAAAUGAUACGAUACAGAAUUUAGAGAAAAGACUUCAUGAAACUGAGAUAGAAGUUUCUGCAUUUCAGUACAAAGUGGAUGAAACAGACAUAAAUUUUACUCAGGUACGUAAUGAAAAAGAUUUGCUGGUGGAGAAGCUGGAGCUCUUAGAGAGAGAACAGAAACUCAUGGUUGAAGAGGAACAAGAAAGGAGGAGGUGUUUAGAGUCAAAUGUACAGGAAAUGACAGGAAAACUAGACGAAGCUCGAUCAACUAUCAAGUUUCAAGCAAUGGAAAUAGAAGUGUUGCAGCAAGAGAGAAAUCAAUUGAAAGCUGACAUAUCCAAACUUGAACCAAAGGUUAACGAGGAGACCAGGCUGCGGUUGACACAGGUAUCUGACUUAACAAAAGAAAAAGAGGCAUUACUUGAGGAAGUGAGGCAAAAAGAUACACAACUCACUGAAGAGCGAGAUGCAUUUAGGAAAAAUCAAGAAGAAAUGGAAAGAGUGAGGCUGGAAUUUGUCAAAGGCGCCAACAAGGAACAAGAAGCAGAGGCUCGUGUGAUGCAACUGGAAGACGAGAGGCAACUGCUGGAGCAGGAAAAAGCUGAUGGUUUGAAGAAGCUAAGUGCUGUUGAAACUGAGUACCAGUCACAGUUGAAGAUUUUGCUUGAUGAGAAGAUACAGGAGGAAGACGAACUGAAGGCAGUGAUUGAACAAUUGCAGAAGGAAAGAGACAUACAUGCUGAUAAACUUUCACAGGUUUUGCAUCUCAAUACGGCUCUCGAGGAGGACAGAAAUGGGUUGCUAGGAGAGCUAACAGCAAGGAAACAGAGCUGUGCUAAUCUUGAGAGUCGUGUGUCAGAAUUGAACGAAGAACUGAAAGCUGUAAGAGAAGCAGUGGAAACUAAGGACUGUGAUCUUGUAGACUUGAGGCAGCAACUUCAAACACAACUUCAUGAGGUUACCUCUUUGACUAGUAUGUUAACGAAUAUGAGUGAACAGCACAGACAGCUGCAAGAGGAACUACAGCAAACUAGUAACGAAUGUCAGAAGCACGAAGGCAUCGCUACCAUGCUUCAUCACCAGGUCAGUGAAGUCAACAUUGCAAGAGAAACUCUCGAAACACAGAAAAGUGAGCUGACUAGGUCUAUUCAAUUGAAAGUUAGUGAGGUGUUGCAAAUUGAUGAUGAGAAAAACAAGGUGAGUGGUGAGUUGGCUUUGUGUGUGGCAAAUCUGGAAGUUAGUCAGAGAAAUGAAGAAAGGCUUGCCAAGGAGCUUGCUUCUAUUAGAGAUGAACGAAAUCGUUUAGAACAGGAUUUUAGUGCUUCUCUUCAACUGUUACAAAGUCAGCUCUCAGAUUCUAGCAGUCAAUUGGAGGUAUUAAAGAGACAAGUUGUAACGAAGCAACAGGCUGUGGAGGAUGUUGAAAGGCAAUGGAAGAUUGAGAAGCACGAAUGCCAAGAAGUAAAGAAAGAAUUGGAAAAAACACGUGAUGCUUACUGCAAUCAUGUUGAUGAGGAUGAAGUGAGGACUCGAGAGAUGCAAGCUAGGAUCUCUAUGCUAGAAGAUGAACUAGCAGACAUGCAAUCACAAGUAAGACAGGUGAUAGCAGAGAGAGAAGAAGUGGCAGUCCAGCAAACUAAAAAUUCAACAGACUUAAAACACCAGACUAUUGUAAUUGAAGAAAAAGAUCGCUAUAAGAAAGAAACUGAAACACUCAUGUUACAGUUGCAAAGUGUGCAACAGCAAGUUGAGGACAGUGAGAUCGACAAGGAGCAUAUUAGUGGCAGGCUACAGCAACUAGAAAAUGAGAAUAUGAAAUUAUAUAGAACAAAAGGAGAACUAGAGGAGUCUCUUCGUGUUGAACACCAAAAGCUCGUGGAGGUACAAGAUGCUUUAACACAGAUGCAGAGAUCGACGACUUCUAAUACAACAAAAUCAACUGCUGAAGUUUGCCUUGCUAUUGACUCAAGUACAUCUGAUAGAAAAUCUAAAGGAUCUGUAAUUGACUGGCUCAGACGGUGGUUUAUAAGAUCUCUAGGUGUGGCAGUUGGCAUGCCAUCAAGGCCUAGGUUGGCAGCAGCAGUAGGAUAUGCAGUAUUUAUCCAUUUGCUGUUAUUCUAUCUGCUAAUUUUGUAAUAAUAUUACAGUGUUUUCAUAUUUCAUGGAGUAAGAUGGUAAUAGAUACCACAAAUACUGCCUA